GGCUGCCCCUCCCCGAGGCGCGCAGUCCCGGCGCCAGGUGCGCAGGUGUUGGGUCCAGAGAGCGGGGAGUCCUCCGAGGACAGGGGACCCGGCCCAAGAGCAGGCGCCCUACGGACUCUGGUUACAGUCACCGGUCACUUUCGCUUUGUCUUCGCCCAGGUCACCGCACCACCAGGCGCGCCCCCCGCCUCCGCCGGGCCGGCCCCGCCCCUGGCUUCCUCCCGGGUCCCGGGCUCGGCGGGCAGAGGAGCCGCAGCGCGCGGGGCGACGGCAGCCGCGAUGGCAGGGAAAGAGUUGCAGCGGUGCCAGCAGGAGGCCAAUGAGGUGACGGAGAUCAUGCUCAAAAACUUCGACAAGGUCCUGGAACGCGAUGGGAAACUGUCUGAUCUGGAGCAGCGUUCACAUCAACUCCUGGAUAUGAGCACAGCCUUCAGCAAGACAACCAAGAAGCUGGCGCAGAAGAAGAGCGGGGAGAACAUCCGCUGCCGGAUCUUCUUGGGGCUAGCGGUGGGUGGUGCCCUGCUUCUCAUCUUGAUUGUGCUGCUGGUCCUCUUUCUCCCGCAGAGCAGCAAUGUGACCAGCGCCCCAAAGACCCAGAAUGCAGGUGUGGAGACUGAAGCAGAGGCCAUAACACCAUACUGACUGGUUCUGGUCUCCAGAGAGCCCUGGUGUUUGCUCUCUGCUGACUUCCCCACUGGGCAGGACCCCUUGUGUGCACCUCCGCAUCUCCCAUCCUACCAAAGACUGACCCCCUGAGGGGAACCUUCUGCACUGGUCAUGCCAGCCCCAUCUGGAGCUCAGUAAAAGCUGCUGUUUG